AUGGUAACACUCAAGCCAGCAUUCUAUCUCUACGGCAACGGCCCGGAAGCGCGUGGUCACCUUGGCAACGUCAACUGGGAUUAGCUACAUGUCUGCAGUCGCUCCCAAAGUUUCUUGGAAAAAAGUUUUGUCAGUGAUUUUGCUUUACUUUUCUAAUUGUUUUAAUGACUUGCCUGGUUUGGUCUUUGUUUGACUCAACAUUUGACUGCUUUCAAUCUGAAAGUUUUAUUAGCUCAUAGCUAGCUAACGUUAGAGCAACAUUUUUGUCUCGUCAGACGAAGCCGGGUAUGAUUUAACAUUUUAUUGUUAAAGCUGGGCCUAUUUCUGCAAUGAGUUCUCAACGGGAGCUAGGUGCGCACUCACCUGGACUGGAGGCUGUGAUUCAGAAACUGGAGGAGUCCUUGCUUCACUCUGAGGGCAGCUCAGGAGAGAGGACUUUGACACUCCGACGUGAUGGGCAGGAGUCCAGUGUCACGCCUGCGCCUGUCUUCACCCGCAUCCGCCAGAUCAUCACCCGCAACCUGGUCGAGCAGGACGCCGGUGAGAGCUCUGAGGUCAGUGAGCCAGAGGAGAGCAGGGCCCUGAGGGAGCAGCUGUCUCCGAGCCAGACGGACCGUGACGAGCUGCAAGUCAAACAGGCCGGUCUCACAGACAGGAUGCUGAUGCUGCAGUCAGCAGUGGACUCAGACCAGGACAGUGUAUCACAAGGACCCCUGCAAUUGCAUAACAAGGAGAGAGCUUACAGACAAAGACUGCAAGUCUACCAGGAGGCCCAGCAGAAACAGGCCCAACUUGUUCAGAAGCUGCAGACCAAGGUUCUUCAGUACAAGAAGAGGUGUGGGGAACUAGAAGAGCAGGUGCUGGAGAAGACCUCAGAGUCUGAGAAGAUGAGAUUGUUGCUGCAGGCCCACCUGGAGUCAGCCCAGCGUCAGCAGCGGGCAGAGCAAGAUCUCAACAUGGCUGUCCAGAACAAGUCUACUCAGCUGGAGGAGGAGCAGAGGCGGUGUGUCAGCCUCAGCCAAGUCAAUUCUAUGCUACGGGAACAACUGGAGCAGGCAGGCACGGUCAACCAGGGGCUAACGGAGAGCUUGUGGAAGGCCCGCGAAGACAUUGAGUUGUGUGAUACCCGUCUGCGAAGAGAGCAAGAGACGUGCUCCUCCCGGUUGAGUCGUGAACAGGCUCGUGUCAGAGCCCUGUGGCGCCAGGCCGCCUCCCUGCGGAGCACUUUCAGCCAGCUAAGGACUUUCACUGACAGGACUCUGUCUGAUAUGCGUGGGGAGUGUGUCGCUGCCAGCCAGCAGCUGCAUGUUGCUUGUAUGAACAUGGAGGCCAGACUAACACAGGAGAGCACCUCUAGUGGUGUGGAGAUGUCAGCACUGGAGAGGCAGCUGAGGGAGAAGCUCAAAGAGGCCAUGCAGCUUCAGGGUCGCUGGGAUGCAGAGAAAGUCGAACUUAACUCGAGAAUCCUGGAGCUGACUGACACAGUGAAGCACCUCCGGAGCCAGAACAGUGAGAAGGACGCCAGCCUUAACACCAUGCAGAUCAGUCUGGACAGGAUGGAGACAAGGAGAACAGAGGAUAAAGCAGAGAUGGAGGUCCUCCAUGCAGAGAUCCAAGCCCUCCAAAAAAUGUUGAGCCAUGUUCACCAGCUGGUUGGCGUGGAGGGUGAUAGCAGUGGCUCUGAAAGUGUGUUCUCAUCACCUCUCCAUGGCCGGUCUCCUCUGAGGAACACUGUGCUGAUGGCCGUGCAGGAUGUUCUCUCCAAGCACCAGAAACAAACACAGGACUUGCGUGGGUGUCUGGAUGCUGCCCUGGAGCAAGUGGACACGCUACGUAAUCACCUGCAAGGGGGAGAAACUGAGAGGAGAGAGCUGGAGCAGAAGAUCCAGGAAUUAAGGAAGGAAAAUCAGGAGGCUAAAAAAGCUCUGGAGGAAAGCCUCCGAGACAGCAACAGAUAUCGCUGCUCACAGGAGCUCAUCUCCAGUGAGAAGGGCAGCCUGGAGAAGCUGCUGUCAGGGCUGCAGCGGGAGGUGGACUCCCAGCGUGCCGAGCUGGAGGUUCUGCGGGGCUCGUCACUGGAGCUCCAGAGACAGCGGGACCUCCUGAGGCAGCAGAGGGAGGAUCUGGAGACGCAGCUGGCACGCCAGCGCACGGAGGCCCAAAGAGGUGAGAGGAGUCUGGAGGAGCUUGAAGGGAAGCACUCCGACUUGCGCAGGGAGCUUGUGACAGUGAAGGAGGCUCUGAGUCACACCACCCUUCAAAAAGAGCUGUUAGAGGAUGAUAAGGCCAGCCUCGCUCUAGCUCUCAGCAAGAUGGAGUCCAACAGUGCUGCACAGGAGUUAGUCCUCACCAAACUGCAGAAUCAGGAAGCUGCCCUAAAAGAUUCUCUGGCCAAAAUGGCUGCCCUGAGCGAAGGCUUAGCCAAAGACAAGGUGGAGCUCAAUCGUAUUCUGCUGCAGACAGAAGGUGAGAAGGCAGAGCUUGGUGAACGCAGACGGGAAGCCGAAGCGGAGCGGGCGGCAGCCAGGGAGGAGACAACCCGGGUGCAACAGGAAAAGAUGAAUCUGCUCGCUGAGAAACAAGCCCUGGAGAGCUACCACAGCCACUUGCAGGAUCUGUGCCAGAAGCUAGAAGCAGAGCUGAGCUUGCUGCAGAGGGAGAACGCUCAAGCCCUGGAGCAGCACUCUCAGGUCAACAGGCAUAUGCAGACUGUGUCAGAGGAGCUGUGUGCGUGCAGGAAGGAGCUUGAGACACAGACCACAGCCCUAAAGAGAGCUACCCAUGACAGGGAGGAGCUGGCCAAGGACAAGGCUGCUCUGGAUGUCAAGCUCAACUCCGCUGAGCGAAAGUCCUGUGGUCUCACGCAGGAGCUGGUUGCACUUAGAGCAGAGAAGCAGUCCCUGGAGACAGCUCUGUUUGAGAGCCAGGAGCUUGGCUUGUCUCUGGAGGCCGAGUGCACCCGGAUUGAGGGGGAGAGGCGCAGCUUACUCCUGGCUAACGAGGCCUUGACGCGUGAUGCUGCUAGGAUGCGUGUGGAUGCUGAGCGCCAAUUCGCACAGAAUGCACAAGAGCAGAGAAACUUGGAGGAGAAGCUGGCCCAGGUGGAGAGGAAUGUCCUGCUGACCCUGAACAACAGAGAACAAGUUCACAGAGAGCAGCUAGAGGCUGAACGCAGGCAAAAAGAGCAGCAGUGUGCGGAGCUGACGGUUCAGCGGGAGCAGGCUGAGGAGCAGCUGCGUAGACAGUGCGAGGAGCUGCGCGUGCACAGCCAGAAGGAGCUGCAGCAGGUGCAGGAGGAGCUGGCCAGGCUGCAGCAGGACUGCAACCAAAGCCUCCUGCAGGCUGAGAGUGAGAAGCAGCAGGCUUUGUCCCAGAAAGAGGCAGAGAAAGCUGCCCUCACAGAGAAGCUAGCAGGCCUGCAGCAGGACGUGGCCACAGCUGGCAUGGAACUGGAGCACACACGGAGGGAGGCACUUAGCAAACAGGAGAAGGACAAGAACACAAUGGCUGUUCUCCAGUCUGAGUUGCAAGACUUGCGAACUCAGUUUGAAGAGUCUUUGAACUCUCGUGAGAAUGCUGAGAGGAGUCUGACUGAGCAGGUCAGAGAGUUGAACCAGCAGAGAGAACAUGCACAACAAGAGUUAGAGGGCCUUCGUCAGCAGCUGCAAGAGACAGAAGAUGGACUUAUUAAAGGUCGAAGGGAUCUGAUUGAGGCUCACAGGGAGCUCCAAGAGUGUGCACAGGAGCGGGACAAACAACGAAAAGAAGCCCUGGACCUGAGGAGGCUCUUAGGUGAUGAGACCAGAGAGAAAGAGGCCAUCCAAGCCUCAAACCGGGAGCUAAGAUCUUUCAUCAAGAGAGCAGAGAGUGACAAUAGCAGCUUGAGAAGAGCUGUGGAGGAGAAGGAGCAGAAAGUGUCCGUCUUAGAGGAAUGUAGGAGCUCCAUGCACCAAGAGGCAACCACUCUGCGGAGCAGUAUGAGAGAACUGGAGAAGUCUCGCCUGCAGGCACGCAGAGAGUUGCAGGAGCUGCGCAGACAGGUAAAGGUCCUCAAAGGCGAGAACAGCCGACAGGAACAGGAGCUGCGAGAGCUGCAGGCGCGGGUAUGUCAGGAGGAACAGAAGGAGGAGGAGGCACUUCGCGAGGCUUUCAGUCUGAGGCAGAGAUUGCUGGAGUGCGAGGCUGGCAGAGAAGCAGCGCUGAAUGAGGUUGCAGGUCUGCAGCGUCGUGUGGUGGAACUGGAGACAGUAGAGCAUCAGAAGCAAGAGCUGCUGCAAGAAAGAGAGGUUUAUCAGCAGCAGAGUGACCAGAGGCACAGAGAAACCACUGCCCAGCUGGAGGGAGCACUAGAGGACGCCAUGGUCCAGAUCAGUGAACUGACUGAGCAGGUUGGCCUUGUUGAGAGCAAGGCCCAAGGCCUGGAACAGCAGCUGGGCCUGAGCGAUGCCAAACGCCGGGACCUGGAGCUCAAGCUGGCAGGGUUGUAUUCAGCUCUGCGCCGCACUGUUGGCAUCAGCCGUACAGGCCUUUCACACACACCUGGGUCCCAUAGACGGUCUGCGUCUCCCUGGAGAAACCAAAUACAAGUGAAAGGGGGAGACAAUGUGACAGACAGACCUGUGUUUUCCAUGUCUUGUGGUGAAGAUGAAGAGAUGGAUGUGAACUCAGUGCAAACAGCCCUCCGGGAUCUCCAGCAGGAACUCAGGGACACACAAAGAGACAGGGAUGAAGCCAAAGCUCAGAUAGUCAGUCUAAGUCAACAGUUGACAGAACUCCAAGGCAACCAGGAUAAGUCAGUCACUCAGGUGCUACAACUGCAGAAGUCUUUGAAGCAAUCAGAAGAGGGAAAUCGAAAGAUGGCAGAACGAUUGCACGAGGCACGCACAUCCCUUUCCCUGCAGGAGGAAGUAGCACGACGUACAGAGCGAGAGAAGAUAAGCUUUGAGGAGGAGGUGGCUCAACUCAGGAAUACUCUGCAAGCUGCUGAGGCUGAGUCCAAGGCACUGCAGGACAAACUGGAGCUCUUGCAGGGCUCAGAAUCUCGUGCAAAUGCAGAACAACGGAAGCUGAAGGAGUCUCUGGAGGCCGCUGAGAACAGAGUUAGCCGUCUGGUGCUCGCCCAGCGCACCCUUGAGGGUGAGCUACAGCGGGCCCAGCUCAGGGCAACAGAGCUGGAUGCAGGUGCUGGGGCACUGCAGGAGAGACUGACAGAGCUGAGGAGGAAGCUGGGUGAGAGUGAGGAUCGGUGUGUAGCUCUGAGGGUCAGCGAGGAGAAGCUGGCCACAUCGCUGGCUCGAGCUGAGCAGCAUGAGAGCCAGCUGAGGGAGCAGAACCACAAAUUGUCAAACACCCUUAGUGACAACAGGGCCAGCACAGGAGCCCUGCAGGAACAAAUAACACAGCUGCAGAGGGCUCUUACUGCCAGUGAGCAGGACCGAAAGCUGUUGCAGGAACGUCUGGAUAAAACACGAGAUGCCCUUUCAGAGACUAAGAGGCUGAAUCACACACUAACAGAGCGGACCCAGUACCUUCAAAGAGCCCAAGAGGACUCAGAGCUUAAAAAUUCUGAGCUGGAGAAACAUAACAAAACACUGAAGGAGAGUCUGAAGCAACAACAUGAGGCUGAACUGCAGGCCCAUGGGAGCUCCCAGCAGCUGCAGAGAGAGAGAGAGGAACUCCAACACAAGGUUGCAGAUCUCCAAGGUUCUUUGCAAAAGCUACAGAGUGAGAGAGCAGAGCUGGAGAGGGUGCUGGCGCGCCUCAAUAAAGACAAAUCUGCACUCAGAAAGACACUGGAAAAGGUGGAGAUGGAGAGGCUGAGGAGGGAGGAGGAGGUGGCAGCGGCGGCAGCCAGAGAGAAGGAACAGUUGGGGCAGACUGUCCGCAGCCUGGAGCAGGAGCUGGCUGGAAAGCAGGAUGAGGUGCAGACUCUACAGGCCCAAAUCUCCCAGUUGGAGCACUGUCAUGCACAGCGCCUUCUGGAGGUGACAGCCCGCCAUCACCAGGAGCUGGAUUUGGAGACAGAUCGUCUGAGAGACAGUCAGCUCCAAGCGGAGCAGGUCUUGGAGACAAGGGAGAAGGCCCAUCGCCAGAGGGUCAAAUGCCUGGAGGAACAGGUGCUGACUCUCAAAGAGCAGCUCGAUCAGGAGACAAGAAGACGACAGGCCUAUUUCAAUCAGAUGCUACAACCUGGUGUGUAGACAGAGACCCUGCAGUGAAGUAUGUAGCACCUCUGGCUUCCACAUUCACUGCUCCUCUGGCAGCCUCCCAAAAACACUAUGUUACAAGCUACAUCCACAUUUGGACACGCAUACACACACACAUACAAACACACUCCCAAGGCGUUUGCUCCCACCCAUGCACAUGUGCACACCGGAUUACAUUAAUCUGCAGGAAAACUCAACAACAACAAACAAUGAGUGUUUUGUUUAUAAGUGGACUGGAUGUGCCAAAUUGUUUUAAGGAUUUCCUCUGGCUCGCUGCAGUUGGCGUUUCUAAGUCUGUUUAUGCUGUGUCAUUUUUAAGGAAACAAUGUGAUGAAAGGUUUCCUUGGUUGGUGCUUCAUUCUUCUCUUAUAAUUGUUCGUAUACUCAUUUUUCAUACCGAUCAAUUACCUAUUUUAUAUGUCAUAAUCACUGUUUGUGUAUCCUAAUGAGAAUAUAAAGUCCAAAUAUUUACAAUGAGCAGAUUUCAAAGUGAUUUCUCAUUGUUUCAGGCUGUGAUAAAGAUUCUAUAGUGUAGCUGGUUUAUUUCAUUAUGUAUUGUGUAUUUCACUCGAUCAAUAUUAGUGUUGGCAAAAGCUGUGAUUGUUUUUAAUAAAACUGAGUUGUAUCAGAGAA